GGGCGCUGAUUGGCCCGAGUGCGUCACGUGCGUGGCUGCAGGGGGGCUCUAGGUGCAGCCUGGAGAGCGGAGGGGCCGGACGGAGACUGGUUCCGCCGCUCCAGAUGCCGCUGCCGGUGGCGCUUCAGUCCCGCCUGGCCAAGAGAGGCCUCCUCAAGCACGUGGAGCCUGAGCCCGAGGAGGAGGUCAUCGCGGAAGAUUACGAUGAUGACCACGUGGAUUACGAAGCCACCAGAAUCGAGAACUUGCCGCCCAACUGGUAUAAAGUGUUCGACCCCAUCUGCGGUCUCCCCUAUUACUGGAACAUGGAGAAUGACCUGGUCUCCUGGCUCUCUCCUAACGACCCCAGCUCCAUCAUCACCAAAGCAGCGAAGAAGCUGAAAAACAGCCUAGAGGCUGACGAGAAGCCGGAGCGCCCCUAUGAGAAGCCGGAGCGCCCCUAUGAGAAGCCGGAGCGCCCCUAUGAGAAGCCGGAGCGCCCCUAUGAGAAGCCGGAGCGCCCCUACGAGAAGCCGGAGCGCGAGGAGGUGAAGGAGCGGCGUUACCAUCGCCGGGAAGAACUGGCGCCGUAUCCCAAGAGCAAGAAAAGCAGCCGCAAGGACGAGGAGCUGGACCCCAUGGACCCCAGCGCCUACUCGGACGCCCCACGGGGCACGUGGUCGACGGGGCUGCCGAAGCGCAACGAGGCGAAGACGGGGGCUGACACGACGGCGGCGGGGCCCCUCUUCCAGCAGCGCCCGUACCCCAGCCCCGGCGCCGUGCUGCGGGCCAACGCCGAGGCCUCCCGCGCCAAGCAGCAGGACUGACCCCCCCCCCCCAACCCCCACCUUUGUAAUAAACCUGGAGAGAU